AUGGCCGAAAUCGCAAACUACCCCUCCCUGUUCACGCUCACCUCCAAGACCGCCGUCGUGACCGGCGGCUCCCGCGGCCUCGGCCUGCACGCCGCCUCGGGCCUGCUCCACGCCGGCUGCAGCACCCUCAUCAUCACGUCGCGCAAAGCCGACGGGUGCGCCACCGCCGUCCGCGAGCUGCAGGCACAGCACCCCGCGGCCAAGAUCCUCGCCAUCCCCGCGGACCUCAGCAAGCUGUCGGAGGUGGAGCGCUUCGUGAAGGCGGUCGACGAGGCGACGGGCGGCCGGGUGGACAUACUGGUGGCGAACGCGGGGGCGACGUGGGGCGCGCCGCUGGAGAGCCAUCCGGACGAGGGCUUUGCGAAGGUCAUGGAUCUGAAUGUGAGGAGCGUGUUUAAUCUGGUGAAGCUGAUGGUGCCGCUGCUGGAGCGGGCGGCGGCGGAGAGGGGCGGCGAUGAGAGGAGUCGGGUUGUGACGGUGGGGAGUGUGGCGGGGAUUGUGGUGGGGGGGACGGGCGUGAAUGGGACAUAUGGAUAUGCGGCGAGUAAGGCGGCCGUUAUGCAUAUGACGAAGCAUCUCGCAAUCGAGCUCGCCCACCGCCGCAUCCUGUGCAAUGCCAUCGCGCCAGGCUUCUUCCCAAGCAAGAUGGCAAACGGCUUCAUCUCAAAGUCCGGCGGCGUGGAAGGCCUCGGGAAGGAGAAUCCGACAGGAAGGCUCGGGAAGGCGGAAGACAUUGUCGGCUGCGUGGUGUUCCUCUGCUCAAACGCCGCCAGCCACGUUAACGGCGCGAUCCUCCCAAUUGAUGGCGGAAAGCACCUGGCGCAGAGCAGACUAUGA